CGAAGGCUAAGGAAUGGGGGAUGGCCCCCUCAGCCCCUAGAUAGUUCCGUCCCUUUUUUGCCUUCUCUGACAAAAUAGCUUAGAACGAAGCAUUUGGCCCACAAAUGUUAAUGCUUAAAAUUAUUACGCACACAUUUUGGCCAGAAAUCUAAGCAUAUAGGUUCAGAAUCUGGAGAGUUUUUCCACAACCCCUUGUCUCUUUCUCACUCUUUUGCAGACGCUCACACACAAAGGACACACAAGCCACAUUGUUGUUGUUGUCAUGUUACUCAUGUACCUGUGUUUCCAAUUUUGUUGAGAUUUUUGUUUGUGUGAGGUUGAGGGACACUUCUUUAGUUCUUUUGUCAUCUGGGUAAUUUUAGUUUGUUGGGUCUUGUCUAGUUAUAAAUUUUUGUUUUGUUUUGUUUGUUUGUUUUGUUUUGUUUUUAUUCUUAAAUAAAGGCUUUCACGCGUAAAGACCGGUGGGGAUUCUUGGGAAAGUACGAGACACGUUUGUGGUUUGAAUUAGGAAGGUGUUGUCUUUAUUGGGAGUUGAGGUUUCAAAGCUAAAGUGUGAAAAUUGCUUGUGGCUUUCAAGCUGGGACAGUUAAAGGCACUUUCUUUUCUUCUGGAUGACCGUUAUGUGGUUUUGAAAACUGAUACAAGUUUCUGAGUGGGAAACUUCCUCGGUUUUUCUGUGCAAGUGAAAGGUAUCUCUUUUUCUCUGGGACUCUGAAUUUAUAACCUUGACCAAAACACAAGCAGAGACAAAUGAGUCUUCUAUUUUGAUGGGGUUUGAAUUUCCAAAGCUGAUAUCGUUUUUCUGGGGUAGCAGGUGAAGCUUAGAAUUUCAAAAAUUCAAAGUCGUUAAUAUGUUAAGGGACUAGAUUUUUGAUUGGUUCUUGGUAUUCUUUUUUUUUUUUUUUGUCAUUGGUUUUGAUUCUCCACUAUAUUUGGUUCAGCUUUGAGUUUUCUGGGGAACUUUCAUAAUGUUUGGGAGCUUUUAAACAAAGGCUUUAAUAAGUCCGGUUGCUCCAAAGAACUUGGAAGCCGGCUAUAAAGGCAAUUUGGUGAACUGGCAUACUCAACUAUGUCUGAAUAUGAUUAUCAAUAUCCAUCCAAGGAUGAGAGGAGAAUUCCAAUAUGCAUUUUCUUUAAACACGCAAGACAAAUUUUUAAACUGGACGAACUUGGUUCAGAAAUAGCACAGAUUGCUUUGCCAGCUGCAAUGGCUUUGGCAGCUGACCCUAUUGCUUCUCUUAUUGACACAGCAUUCAUUGGCCAAAUAGGUCCAGUGGAACUUGCAGCUGUAGGAGUUUCGAUUGCUCUAUUCAAUCAAGUAUCAAGGAUUGCAAUAUUCCCACUUGUCAGUGUCACUACAUCUUUUGUUGCAGAGGAAGAUGCUAUUGGAAGUGUGAGCCAUGAAGCACAGGAUUGUGAACACUUGGAAACAGGUUCAACUACGAAUGGGGAAGACAAAGAGUUGAUUCCAAAAAAUGGUACAUGUGAGAAUGCAUACAAGUCACAACCAAAUGGUGGGAGCUUUGAAAUAGUUAAGAUUGACAAUGAAAGAAGGCAUAUUCCAUCUGCCUCGUCAGCAUUAGUUAUUGGCAGCAUACUUGGCCUCAUACAAGCCAUAUUCCUCAUAUUGGGAGCAAAACCUCUAUUAGGCUUCAUGGGAGUUAGUUCUGAUUCUCCAAUGCUAACUCCUGCACAACAGUACUUGACAUUGAGGUCACUUGGUGCUCCUGCAGUUCUUCUUUCAUUGGCCAUGCAAGGGGUGUUUCGUGGAUUUAAGGACACAAAAACACCUUUAUACGCCACUGUGGCAGGAGAUGUAACAAACAUUAUACUCGAUCCACUAUUUAUGUUUGUUUUCCGUAUGGGUAUCCGUGGGGCAGCCAUUGCUCAUGUUAUAUCUCAGUACCUAAUUUCAGUUAUACUCUUGUGGAAAUUAAUGGAAAAAGUUGAUCUCUUACCUCCAAGUAUCAAGCAACUGCAAUUUGGUCGAUUUCUAAAAAAUGGUUUUCUACUAUUAAUGAGGGUCAUUGCUGCGACAUUCUGUGUGACUCUGGCUGCAUCAAUGGCUGCACGCUUGGGGCCAACACCCAUGGCUGCAUUUCAAGUUUGCUUGCAGGUUUGGUUGACAACAUCACUUCUUGCUGAUGGGUUGGCUGUUGCUGGGCAGGCAAUACUUGCAAGUGCAUUUGCAAAGAAGGAUUACAAGAAGGCUGAAGCAGCAGCAUCCCGAGUAUUUCAGUUGGGAUUGGUUCUUGGUUUGAUACUUGCAACCAUUGUUGGAGUGGGGCUACAUUUUGGAGCACGAUUAUUUACAAAGGAUGUUCAUGUCCUCCACCUUAUUAGUAGAGGCAUUCCGUUUGUUGCAGCUACUCAACCUAUGAAUGCCUUGGCCUUUGUUUUCGAUGGCAUCAACUUUGGAGCAUCUGAUUUUGCAUAUUCAGCUUAUUCCAUGAUUAUGGUGGCUAUUAUCAGCAUUCUAUGUCUAUUUCUUCUCUCCUCUGGUCAUGGGUUCAUGGGAAUCUGGGUUGCCCUGACCAUCUUCAUGAGUCUUCGUGCAUUUGCUGGUUUUUGGAGGAUAGGGACAGGAACAGGUCCUUGGAACUUUCUCCGCAGCUAGUGACAUUGGUUAUGGUUCCAUAGUUUCUCCAUAGAUUUAUUCUCAGGGAAACUAUUCCCGUGGCAUGCGUUAAGUCCAGCCCAGGACAUUUCUCCUCCAUAUACUUAUUUGUACAGAAAAAUGGAAAAUGUUCAUAACAAGAAAAUAGAGAAAUGAAAUAUUUAGAGCAAGUUCUAUAUUAACCUAUUAUAAUUAGGGAUUAUUGUAAUGAUAUUCUUUCAGACUGCAAUAAUUCCCUUUAAAAAUUUGUCAUAUUAUAUUCCCUUAAAAGAGUUACCUACUAUAGAAA